AGUGAUGCAGUAUUUAUAGAUAAUAUAAAUAGAAAAAGUACUGAGAUAUAUAUAUGUAAACUUUAUAAUAGUCCCAUUGAUUGGCUAGUAAAAAAGCAAAAAGCAGUGACUUUAUUUACUAUAAAAGCUGAAUUAUUAGUUCUUAUACAGGCUAGUAAAUAA